CCCCAACAAAUCAGCUGCUCAAACCGACAGCGACAACAAGCCUGAAACGGGUUUUAUUUAUUCAAGAAAAUGUUAAUUACAAUUAAACACACUCAGAAUGUGAUUAAGCCGAACUUUCAAAAAGUUGCAAAUCUACUUGCCAGCCGCCACAAACCCGCUUUAUCUCAUGGCAUUGCAACAACAACGGAGUUGGUCGAUGGUGGUUUCGGAGGGGCGAAGAGUCGAUUGAGAAGCGAACUGAGCUUUAAUUUUACGCGCAGCAGUUCAAAAAUCUCAUUUCUGUAUACGCCAGCAGCGAGAGCAGCAGCAACUGGUGGUGGCAGCACAAGUCUCCGGAGAUUCUACAGCACCCAUCUAGAAGCAGAAACCACAACAACCACAUCAAAAAAACGCAAAAUGGUGGUACGGCUAAAUGACCAGGAACGUGCUGAAAAGCUGCAGCCCCUUUUGGACGCCGGCUGGACCUUGGUCGAGGGGCGCGAUGCCAUUUUCAAACAGUUCGUCCUGAAAGACUUCAACCAGGCUUUCAGCUUUAUGACCGGAGUGGCUCUGCUGGCGGAAAAAAUCAACCACCAUCCCGAGUGGUUCAACUGCUACAACAAGGUGGAGGUCACAUUGUCCACCCACGAUGUGGGCGGCCUCAGUUCCCAGGACAUACGCAUGGCCACCUACUUGGAGACCCAAGCCAAUUUGUUGAAAUAAAUGCAUUGUUGUUAUAA